GGAAAUAACUAGGCUCCGGUCUAUAUCAUAAUGAGCGGCAGCAGAGCUCUUGGGGCUUUGAAGUGGCUAAGCCGCAGUUGCAACUGGGCGGGAGCCCUCGAGCCUCCCAAACAAUGUCUCCCAAAACAAUUAUCACGCUCAAUGGCGACAGAGACGCAAAUCCCGGCCGGUACGCCCUUAUCAGCUUUUGCUGAUGCCCACGUAGCUUCUACAUCUCCAAACGAUAUCCCUACACCGAUCUGGAAACCUACUCCUGCCAUUGCCACUCUCUACGAUUUUCCUACGAUGGAACCACUUCGGUUCCUUGAAUAUAAGCAUGAGCACCUGCUUCUCCCUCUUCGCCGCGACAUAUUGCACCGUGCUGUGGUCUAUGAGGGUGACAUGGCACGCCAAGGCACUGCAAACACCAAAUGGAGAAGUGAAGUACGAGGAAGCCGCAAAAAGAUCCGCCCACAGAAAGGAACUGGUAGAGCGCGUUUGGGAGAUAAGAAGUCGCCCAUGUUGAGGGGGGGUGGUGUUGCACAUGGUCCCCACCCGCGAGACUUUUCAACAGAACUGCCACGAAAGAUCUACGAUAAGGCAUGGCGGACUGCACUAAGUUAUCGAUACCGCCGGGGACAAUUAAUCAUUGUUAACGACAAUAUUUCUAUGCCCAAGGAUACGACUGUGCAUUUCUUAAAGGAGAUUUUCGAUACGCAUAACUGGGGAAAGAAAUUUGGGCGAUCGCUCCUUAUUACGGAGGUGAAGAAGGAGAAGCUCUUUAGAUCCAUAGCAGAAAUCAGCGAAGAGGCAAGGGUGCUUGAUCGUGAGGACGUGGAUGUGAAGGAUUUACUCGAGACCGGACGAUUGAUCAUCGAGAAGAUGGCACUGGACCGGAUGCUCGCCAACCAUUCCAGCGAUUUGCAGAGCAGGCCAAUCAAAGCGUAAUUGGAAACAUAUUAUUUGUACAAUAGAUUUUGCUUGAAGUAUCUAUUAUGCCCUUUGGAUUUUGAUUUGAUAUUGUCUCUUUUGGCGGCGGAAUAGGACGUGACAGGA